UUUAUGUAAGCUAGUGCUGGAGAGAGCCCAAACUCCAAUAUUGUUUGCUUAUUCUUUCUUUUUUAUCGAUAAACAUUUUGAAGCAUAAUAAGAAAUAAGAAAUGGGUGAAAGUAAUUGGUGGAACAUCACCUAAACAGGCUAAACUUGUGGUUUAAAGAAGGUUAACAGGCAGGUACAAGAAGAUUAGUAGGACUGGGACACACCGCAUUAUUGUUUCACCUAAAUCGCUUCAAUUCGCUCCCCGCAUAGUCGCAUUGUUUUGUUUGGCCUUCCAAUGAGAAUAAAUAUGUUAUCUUGGAUUACCAAUUGUGUCGUUAAGUUCUUCUACCACUUAUUAAUAAUUGUUUUCAAACGUUUAAAACGUGAUAAUAAUUAAAUAAAACGUGAAAUGAUGAUUUUCACUCCCCCCACGUCCAACCCUUUGCCUUGGUAGUAAAAUCGAAGAUUUCCAAUCGUCAAUCGUCAGGCGCAGGCCUUCUCUGUAGUCUCCAACCCAGAAUAGGAAUAGGAAGAGGAAUAUGAUGAUCGGAUCUACGCCUUACCCAAUUAUUAUGCUUCAUUUCUUCAUAUAUCACGUCACCACCCUCGUUGCAACUGUCUUCUGCAGAUAACACUUUAUUAUCUACAUUUAUUCAUUCUCAUUUCCAUAAUGGAUUUGGAUGAAUUUCGCGUAAUUCUAUCCAAUUCCAAAGUGGACGUUUGGACGCUCAUCCACACCGCCAUUGACGUGGCUUCGUCCGACUAUAUCACCGACUUCAAGGAUCGGCGUGGCGGAAUUGUGGAGAAGUUGUUUUCCGUCCCCUGCCCCAAUUGCAACACUCAUUUCAUCCCCAACCAACUUACCAAUUACAAUAUUAAUACCAAUGUUGAGACUGAGAGGGAGAAUAGUAAGAGUCCUUUGACUCCCGACCCGAAUUAUCACACCAACGAUAAUCCGGAUGGAAGAGGAGAAGAAGACAAACACGAAGACGCGGAUCCUUAUGGAGGCUUGUUCGAUGACGAGCAGACUAAAAUUCUCGAGAUCAAAGAGCAACUUGAAGAUCCGGAACAGUCUGAAGAUUCUGUUGUUGAGUUGUUACAAAGUCUUGCUGAUAUGGAUAUUACAUUUCAAGCUCUCAAGGAAACUGAUAUUGGAAGGCACGUGAAUCGAUUGAGGAAGCAUCCAUCUAAUGAAGUUAGGAGAUUGGUGAAGCAAUUAGUUAGAAAAUGGAAAGAAACUGUAGAUAAGUGGGUGAAGCUCAAUCAAUCUGAACAAACAUCUUCGAAUCUCAUUGCAGAUGGAGACUCGCCCCAGCAGAACUUACUAAAAAAUCAACAAAAUGGUCAUCCUCAGGUACCUGAUUUUGGGUAUUCUCCAAAUCCUCAAAAUGGGAGUUCAUGCUCAGAUCCAGAACAGAAGCCAAAGUCUGUUCCACGAAAUGAAGCACCUCCGAGAUCACUUCAAUCUGCUCCUCCUCCAAGUAGGCCUCCAAGGGAAUCUACCAUUGAUAUGGAAAAGUUAAAUUCAGCAAGGAGAAGGCUACAGGAGAACUACCAAGAAGCUCAAAAUGCUAAAAAGCAAAGGACAAUACAAGUGAUGGAUAUUCACGAGAUUCCAAAGCCAAAGAACGGCUUCAUUGCCAAGAAUAAAGGUGGGGGGUAUCAGGGCAGGAAUCAUCGCUGAUUUGUCUGAGGUCCAUGUGUGCAGUAGGACACAACAUUGUGUAUAUGGGCAUUUAAUGCUUGUUUGAAGUUUGUUUACUUUGGUUUUGGUAAAUAAGUAGAGGCUAUUUUCUGUUUGCAAAGGAAGGAAAAACAAUUGUCACUUCCUUGGCUACAGCAUUUGAAGUUUGUAGUGAAGUCCUUUUUUUGUUGCCUAUUUCGCUUCCUUUGCUUCUCCUCUCUAGGGCUGUUUUCGUGUUCAUUUGUUAAGAUUUUUAAAGUGUUCGUGUGUUCAUUUGUUCAUUUGUUAAAGUGUUCAUUUC